GUGGGUGAGCACCCAGUGCUGUGCCUUUUACAUUAUUAACUCCCUUGGUGUAGUUUAGUAAAUAUUUUAAAAUUGUAAGACGUGCAGCAUUGUUUUUCACAACUAAGAAAAUGACCACUUGCUUUGUAGAGAAAAAAAAUUCAAGAUCAGUAAGCCAGAGGCUGUGGAAUUCUGAUGGAUCCAAAGCUGUAAAACCACUUCUGCCUGCCCUGUGACCCCACCGAGUCUUUGAGAAAUAACGGUGGAAUAGGACACAGAGAGACCCAGCAGGACGGGAAUGGGAGCUUCUGGUGAUCUGGGCACUUUCUCCUUCGUGUUUCUGACCUGGGAGGAUCCACUUUAGGACAUGGAUCCCAAAGGAGCAAGAGGUACCAGGAAGCACCGCUGAUCUGCACAGACCCCCUGUGCCUGCUGCUGCCCCACAGUGAACAGGGUCUUCCUGAGGAGCUGCAUGGUCCAUCCCUGGAUUCUCCAAGCACUGACUCCCAUCCACUCUGACCACAGCCAGGGACCACAUCCCACUGCCUGCCCAGUGUCCAUCCAUGGAGGUGACCACCGUGUCCCCAUUUCCUGCCUCACCCACUCAAGGGGACGAUCUCUGUGACACAGAUGUCACCAACGUGGCCAUACACAGCGUGACACUGCUCAUCUGCCUCUGUGGGCUGGCUGGGAAUGGGAUUGUCAUCUGCCUCUACAGCAUGCAAAGCCGUACCUAUGACUUCUUUCACCUGGCUGUCACUGACUUCCUAUUCCUUGUCUUCACGGUUCCCUCUGCCCUCCUCCUCCUGGUGGAGGACCUGUCCUGCUCUCCUAUAUUGCCUUUGAUGUACCUGAGCUUCCUUUUCCAGCUGUCAAUUAUCUCCUACUUCUGGGGGCUGUACCGGCUCACCCUCAGCAGCGAUGUAGUCAGUUUGUACAAGCUCUUCCAGCUCUGCUGCCGCAACAUCCUUCCUAUGCGCCUGUGGUUAGUGGUUGCUGGUGUCCAAGGCUGGGCCUUCUUUGUUCUCUUCACUGUCAUUCCCAUGAUGACAUUCCUAUGCCCAUCCCACAGGCAGGAGCACUGUCAGGCAGCUCUCAUCUCCAUGUAUGCCAUUAUCCUGCUCCUCUUUGCUGCACCCGUGGUCAUUUCCCGCACAAUCAACAUCAUCAAGGCCAAAAAGGGCUCCAGGAAGCAGAAACUCAAGAGGCGACACAUCAUUGUCUUCAUCAUUGUGCUCUUCACUGUCCUCUUCAGCCUCUGCAAUUUCCUGCAGCAGCUCGGAUAUUUCCGUGUGUCCACCCAGGUUGUUUUCCUGUUCACUUGCAUCCACAGCAGCAUCAAACCCUUCAUCUACUUCUUGGCAGGGAGGUGCUGGAGUCCCUGCUCCAUACGGUCCCUCCGGCUCUCCCUCCACAGGGUCUUUGUGGAGAAGGAAGCAAACACUGCCGACAGCGAUGAUCCCAACACAGACACAGUGAUCUGAGCCUGUUGAUCCCUUCCACUGCUCUGCUGAAGGACCUUGGCACAGCUUUCCUGG